AAAAAAUUGGCAGUUCUUUGAUUCCAGCAACACUUAUUGGGCAUAAUACGGUCGUGUGGAAUGAAGGAGAAAGUUGAACUCGACCUCGGACCGGUAUGUUACUUAAUCGCGGUAAGUUAUUACGUACUAACGCAUCAGCUAUAGGUGGGUUAUUACAGGUACUCCAUACACACGGCGUCAUUCAGUGUGAGUGUAGGUAAACGCAGUCGCACUGCCGCAGUCCGUCAAACGCUACACCAGACGACAAUAAUACUAACAUUUUUUAUGACAUUUUUUUCGGUACAAACUCGUUACGUAAAUAGUAAAAAAAAAAAAUCACUUUUAAACAGAAAACAAUCCGACAAGGUCGUUGUUCAUAAGCAUUUUUGUCGUGUAUUUAAAAUACCUUCCGUUUUGACAAAUUAAUAUUUUAAUAUAUCUACUAUUUACUUACAAUACACAAAGCAUCUUUUGUAAUUUAAAAUAACGGAAAUAAGAUAAAAUAAUUAAAUUUUGGUGAUAUUCAUAGAAAAAACAAUUUGAGAAACAACAGUUGGAUCGAUUAAUUUUUGUCGAUAGCCUAUAAAAAAAAAAAAAAACUAUCAUUAUUAAUUAAUAAUACAGUUCUAUCGUAUGGUCGUGGUGAUUCUCUACGAAUUCUUAAUAUGAUCUCAGUAUUUUUAUAUUCUUGAAAGUGUUACAACUAUUGUAGACAGUUAGAUAUUUGUUUUUGUUUCAAAUAAAUAUGUUCAUAACAAAACCAAAAUGGAUCGAAAAGGUCACCGUGGAACCAAUGCUGUUUUUGUAUUUUGUAACAUUGGCUAUUUCAGCUUUGGUGGGCACGAACCUGAUCCUGCGGAAGGGGUGCGACGUGACGGCCACGGUGCAGCCGGCCGACCUGAGGGACAAGUGUCUGAACGAGAGCUACGCGCAGGAGCUGGUGGCCAAGAUACAGACGUGGAAGCUGACCAUCCAGUACUCGGUGCCACUGGUGUUCAUACUGUUCGCCGGCCCGUGGAGUGACACGCACGGCCGCCGCCGCCGGCCGCUCAUGUUCAUACCGAUCGCCGGCCAGCUGCUGACGGACGCGUUCAACGUGCUGAACGUGUACAACUGGCACUGGUCGCCCGCCGUGGCCGCCGUGUCCGAGUGCCUGGUGCCCGCGCUCACCGGGUCCCGGAUAUGCUGCGUGGUCGGCGUCGCGUCCUACGUGGCCGACAUCACGCGCGUCCAGGACCGGACCAAGCGCAUCGGCAUGCUCAUGUCGCUGUACUUCAUCGCCACGCCGGUGGGCGCGUGCACGGCCGGCUUCCUCAACGUCAACAUCGGAUUUUACGGCACGUUCGGCGCGUGCAUAGCGAUGAACGUGGCCGCGCUGGCGCUGGGCGCGGCCCUGGUCAAGGACACGUCCGUGCCGUACGAGAGGGGCGCGUCCAUCUGGCAGACGGUCAACCCCAAGGUGAUCGCCGACUCGGUGCGCGUGCUGGUCAAGAAACGGCCCAGCCGGUCGCUGCUCGUCUACAUGACCGUCGUGUCGCCGCUCACCAUCGGGCCAAUGCAAGGUGAAUACUCCAUACUUUAUCUUUUUGUCAGAUAUAAAUUUGGAUGGAACGAAAUCGAUUACAGCCUUUACGCUACAUACAAAAUGACUGGGAUACUUAUAGGUACUAUCGUAGCUAUAUGGUUAAUGAGUGUAAAACUGAAAAUGCACGAUGCAGCUAUAGGAUUUAUCGGCAGCAGUUUCGACUUAAUCGCGGCAGUGUGCUACAGUUUCGUCACCCAACCUUGGCAGCUGUACGCAGUGCCAGUGAUAGAUAUUUUCCACGGUGCAGCGUUCACAGUUAGCACUUCGAUGGCGUCAAAACUUGUCGAUAACAGUGAAUUAGCACAACUCAAUUCAGUUCGUGGUAUGCUGGAAACGCUCGCUCCAAUUAUUAUUUAUCCAUUAUAUAAUCAAUUAUAUAAGCUCACAUUUGAAACACUACCGGGAGCAUUUUUCUUGUUGACUGCGGUUUUUACUGUUCCAGUUGUCAUACUAUUCGGGUUGACAUACAAAGCUGAUAAAAGAGACAACAUAUUUAAAAAUAACGAAGAUGAUAUUGUAGCACAAAAUAAUAUAAAUAAUAACAACGUCAAAAACGAAUCGAUUAAAACUAUAGAUUCUGUUUGACGUUAUUGAUACGUAAACGUAUACGAUGGUAAUAAUAUGGUAAAUAUUAUGCACAUCAUAUAUUUUAUUUGUUAUUAUAUGUUCUAAACUUUUCUAUUUGUUAUA